AUGAAGCAAUACAUGUUUCAGAAAAGACUUCCGGAUUUAGUUAUCCUAAUUUUCUCGAUUUACAAAAUUACAGAAACACUUCUGCAGACUUCAACUAGGCUUCAAAUUUACCACGUGAUUUGUUUCUUUGUAACAAAGACUAUUAGCUCGGACCUCAAUUCAACCUGUUACAGCUUUGGGGCAAACAAUGCAACUGAUUGGGAAUUAGAUCGUCCAAUUCAGCGAAAGGCAGCCCCAUUUAUUAUCGGUUACCGAUGUCUCCUUAAUAUUCCUGCAAUGUUUGUUUGUCUCAUUCUUGGAAAUUGGUCAGACCAACAUGGACGCAAGGGCCCAAUGAUUUUACCGAUUAUGGGUGCAUGUCUAGCUUGUUGCCUUUUUGGAGCUAGCCUCGCCCCUGGUUAUCCACCUAUUCCCUUCCAAGUUGUAUGCCUUCUUUUAGGAGCUCUGAUUUAUGGAAUCUGUGGUAAAAGUAAUGCUCUUGGUAUGGGAGCUCACAGCUACAUAACAGAUUGCAGUACGGAGGAGGAACGAACAACGCGAAUAGGUCGACUUAUGGGGACCAACUUUGUGGGUCUGUGCGUUGGUUCGAUGUUGGUCUCCGUCUUCUACUACUUUUCCUCCUAUGGUUGGGCUCUUUUCUUCGUCACAGUCGUCAACUCUGGUAUAUUAAUACUGCUCGUCGUAGUAGUGAAAGAAAGCGUUGCCGUCACGCCGUCAGAUAUGGCAGAAACAGACUACGGUUCAACAAUGACACUAACACAGGAGACGAAAGGACAGUGUGAAGAGAAAGGCGGUUGUCUCCAAACAAUCAGGACUUCAUCCAAGCAAUCGUUGGAAUACGUAACGAAGACGAGGCCCAACGGACGCCACACAUACCUGCGCAUCUUGCUUGGAGCCGUACUAUUCAAUCAGGUUACAAAAGCAGGAGAACAGGAUAGUCUCAUGCUUUUUUUUGUACGCCAGGAAAUAGGUUGGUCUGAUGGGAUUUAUGGAGCCUACUUAGCUACUUACUACGCUUCAAUGGCCUUCAAUUUGAUAGUCAUUUUUCCGUUAAUUGAUCAUGUAUUCAAGCCUUCUGAUAUCAGUCUUAUACUUUUCGGUUUGGCGAUGAAGUCUGUAAGGCUAAUAGGCACAGCACUGACUACCAAUACGCCGCUCAUAUUCAUCUACGCCGUGCUUGGGUCUUCUGCAGGCUACAUCAUUUCCGCGAUUCGAUCGUUAAUCACUAAGUUGGCGAGCUCAGGAGAAAUUGGAACCAGCUUCGCACUUAUGUCGGUCCUCGAGACGUUCGCAAACCUCUUUGGUUCUGUAUUAUUUACAUCUCUGUACACUGCAACGGUGCCAAUUUUCCCUGGGACUAUAUUUAUCAUCGAUGCCUUUCUCCACAUUGGAAUGUUUUCAGUCAUGUGCUGGGUUGGCUGGAAGCUAAGCAAACUCCCAACGCCAGAAUGA